CUCGCCGGGAGUUCGAGGAGUGACAGCGGCGAGUCCUGGCUUCCCGGGCGGGCGGCACGGGUGAGAGCAGAUCCAGUUCAAGCCCCUUCAUACUCCCCGCCACUCCCCGCGGCUCAGAUUAGCCAAACUUUCACUCCCACCUUCACCUUCAGCUGGCUAAGGCCACCGCUCUCUGGCCACGAGAGGGCUGCCCACUGCGGGUCUUACCGCGCGGACUGCCAGAAACCCGGAGAGGUGUUCUCUUUUUCAGCCCUGUUUCGGGGAAGGGGGUGUGGCGGGGAAGGAUGCGAAACUCCGUCCCUCUGUUCUGCCUCUGGAGCGUCUAUUGUUGCUUUGCCGCGGGAAGCUCCACACCCCCUGGUCCGGAGGGAUGGCGGCGAGACGAGCACCACAAAUCCGGGCAUAUACAGGUUGCUGCCAAAUCUCCUGUGAGAUUCAACCUCCGCACCUCCAGGGACUCGGACCAUGAAGGAUGCUACCUCUCCCUGGGGCACAACCAGCCCUUGGAAGACUGUGGUUUCAACAUGACAGCCAGAACCUUUUUCAUCAUUCAUGGAUGGACGAUGAGUGGCAUGUUUGAAAGUUGGCUAUACAAGCUGGUGUCAGCCCUGCAGAUAAGAGAGAAAGAAGCCAAUGUUGUCGUGGUUGACUGGCUUCCCCUGGCCCACCAGCUUUACACGGACGCGGUCAAUAACACCAGGGUGGUGGGACACAGUGUUGCAAGGAUGCUCGACUGGCUGCAGGAGAAGGAUGAUUUUUCUCUCAGGAAUGUCCACUUGAUCGGCUACAGCCUGGGAGCUCACGUGGCUGGGUAUGUUGGCAACUUCGUGAAAGGCACGGUGGGCAGAAUCACAGGUUUGGAUCCCGCCGGGCCCUUGUUUGAAGGGGUGGACAUCCACAAGAGGCUGUCCCCCGACGAUGCAGACUUUGUGGAUGUGCUCCACACCUACACACGUUCCUUUGGCCUGAGCAUCGGGAUUCAGAUGCCCGUGGGCCACAUCGACAUCUACCCCAACGGCGGUGACUUUCAGCCGGGCUGUGGACUCAAUGACGUCUUGGGGUCAAUUGCAUAUGGAACAAUCACGGAGGUGGUGAAAUGUGAGCAUGAGCGGGCUGUGCACCUCUUUGUCGACUCCCUGGUGAAUCGGGACAAGCCGAGUUUUGCCUUCCAGUGCACGGACUCAAAUCGCUUCAAGAAGGGGAUCUGCCUCAGUUGCCGGAAGAACCGCUGUAACAGCAUAGGAUACAAUGCUAAGAAAACGAGGAGCAAGAGGAACAGCAAAAUGUAUCUCAAAACCCGGGCGGGCAUGCCAUUCAGAGUUUACCAUUAUCAGAUGAAAAUCCAUAUCUUCAGCUACAAGACGAUGGGAGAAAUCGAACCCAACUUUUAUGUCACCCUUUAUGGUACCAGUGCAGACUCCCAGCUUCUGCCUUUGGAAAUAGUGGAGCAGAUCGGGCUGAACGCCACCAACACCUUCCUGGUCUACACCGAGGAGGACCUGGGAGACCUCCUGAAGAUCAAACUCACCUGGGAGGGGACAGCUCAGUCCUGGUACAACCUGUGGAAGGAGCUUCGCAGCUACCUGUCUCAGCCCCACAGCGCUGAGCGGGAACUGAGUAUCAGGAGCAUCCGGGUCAAGUCGGGGGAAACUCAGCGGAGAUUAACUUUUUGUGUGCAAGACUUAGAGAACACCAGCAUCUCCCCUGGCCAAGAGCUCUGGUUCCACAAGUGUCGAGAUGGCUGGAGAAUGAAAAAUGAAACCAGGGUUCCCUACAGCCUAGCUGUGGAGCUUCUCUGAGGGGCCAGCAAGGCCCUCCCACCCCCGCCUUCCAAGGACACGGAGGAAAGUUACUGCUGAAGACCCACCUGAUGGAAGGACCCCUCUUGGCCUGGACACUCGAGCCCCGGGAAGAGUCUCUUUGCUGGGCCCAGGACCUUACCUCCUAGGACGGUUGGGACUUCUCGCCAGAGGGGACCAUGCACUGCUGUUCCUGCUGUUCCUGCUGCUCUAAAAUGGCUCUGACUCCAGACCUGUGUGCAAAGGGCCGAAGGCCCAGGGCCUCUUAUGCACACUGGGCUGGUUUCUAAGUGACUGGAAGAGCCUGGGGUUUCCCUGAUAAGGAACACUUGUGGAAGUGCGUGGAAGGCUGUCAACUGUCUGACCUGACCUGAGAGGUGGGGAGAGGUCUCGCAUCAGGAUGGCAGACCUGUGAUCUCAUUCCCCCAGAGAGAGGGGAGUGAAGACCUGGGGUGGUGGCGAGGUCCUCACUGUUGGGGUUCCGUGGGCUGCACUGAUCAAUACUGGUUAUAUUUCAGACAUUCCGUCUUGCUCCCCAGCUCACUCUCUAAAGCACACAUUAUUGGCUUUCUCGGUUUUCCAUUGCUUAUUUUUUGAUUGGACAAAUGUUUAUUAAGCACUUAACCUUAAUUAGCACAUGGCAGUAGAUGCAUUCAUAAACCUGUCCAGACUUGGAAUCUGAGGGGGUUGGGAUUUCUAGACUCCCUUCCAGUGUAGGUGAUUCAUGGAUAUACAUGUGAUGAAGGGCACGGGGGACACUGGGGGCUACAGGGUGUGAGAGUUGGGGAUCCUAGGCCUUCAGGGGUUUCAGCCAGUUCUGGAAGAGUGACACGUUUCAUUGCUUGCAUGGGAGCAAGCAGAGUGUCAUACAUGCUGGGGACAGAAGGGUGGCCAACUGCCAAAUGGAACUGCUUCUGAGCAGUAUCUCUUCUGCUUAGGCAAAUAGAAGGCGUUACAUAUCUGUUCUACAGAUCCGUUCACACAGAAACCAGCUCCUAUCAAACAGACCUGGCACUAAGAUUUUUUUUUUAUAUUUUAUUUAUUGACAGCACAAGCAGGGGGAGUGGCAGGCAGAGGGAGAGGGAGAAGCAGGCUCCCUGCCGAGCAAGGAGCCCGAUAUGGGGCUCGAUCCCAGGACCCCGGGAUCAUGACCCGAGCCGAAGGCAGACACCCAACCGACUGAGCCACCCAGGUGCCCCCACUAAGAUUUAAUACAGUGCUUCUUCCUUCUAGGAAUACCUUCUUCUCAUACCCGUGCCUUCUCUGUGUUGAGCUCAGGAAAGCCUCCAAUUCUCUAUCUUGAUAUGAGUGAAUCUAUGUGAUAUCUGGGAAACGGUUUUAUACUUUUCCAAAGAUUUGCACGUGCAUCACCUAACUAGAGACUCACAACAGGAGGUGAGCAGGGCAGCUCAUGUCUCUAUUUGGCAACACUGAGGCUUCGUGAGGUUCGGCCACAUGCGUGGAAUUAUAUACCAAGUUGGUGGUGGAGUCAGGGGAUGACCCAGAUUUCCUGGAGGCAAGUCUGUGGUGUGCUCAUUUCUGCAACUUUAUCAAGAGGUCUAUAGCCUUUUCCCACCAGUAUACCCCAGAUGUGACAAACAAGGAAUUGGUUUUCAGAUCCAUCCAUAAAACCAUAAACCUUGUCAUUAAUAUAUAACGGGGAAAGCAACUGUUCCCAGAAACUGGGCUUUUUAUGGAUGAGACUUAUUUGAAAGGAGAUGUGAUAUCAGGUUGGGGGAGAAGAGUGAUUUUCUCUGUACCUCGGUUUUUAAAGGACACAGUCUUAAUCUGUAUUGUGCCAAAGUUGUAUUGUUGUUCAAUGCCAAACUUUCGAAGACAUAACCGGUCAAGUCUUACUUCUAGGUACUUUCUUAAAUUGUGUGCUUCCUCUGUUGCUUCUGUGAAUGGUUUCUAGCCAAAGUGCAGCCUGCGUUGUUGACUGUACAUCCCGAUUACUUCUGACUUCUAUUUUUGGUAAUGGAAGACUUAGGAAUCAAUUCCUCCAUGGGUCUUGUAUUUAUAAAUUUGGUUUGAAGCCUUAUUUGUAUAUAAUGAUGCUUUUUUUUUUUUAACACUUAGAACAGUAUUUAUUUCUCAAGUGUAUAUAAUGUAUAAAAACAAAUAUAUGGUUAGUUUUUAUUUUAAAAUUAACCAAUUUUGAGAUUGAAAAUUUUUAAUAGUAAAAUAAUAGAAAUUUACACAAUGCUUUGUGGUCUGGCAUCUCAAUUCUUAGUAUUUGAAAGAAUUAUGGCUGCCCAAGGCUAGGGUUUGACAAAAAGUUACUUUCAUGAAAGCUCUACUCUCUAUUUGAUACUAAUUAUAGGUAGGAAGUGGACAACAGCUUCUUUCACUAAAGAACAAGAUGGAAAUUUAUUUAUGUAUUUUUUUUUUUAAAGAUUAGAGAGAGAGCACGCAAGCAGGGGGAGGGACAGAAAGAGAGGGAGAAGUAGGCUCCCUGCUGAGCAGAGAGCCCGAUGUGGGACUCUAUCCCAGGACCCCAGGAUCGUGACCCGAGCUGAAGGCAGAUGCUUAAUCGACUGAGCCACCCCACGUCCCAAGAUGGAAAAUUAUUCAAAUCACAGAAGUGCCUGAAGUGUAUGCUAGGAAAAAGGGCAGGUGGCCGGACAUUGGGGAACACUGGAGAGGAUGUAGGUUUGGUUGCAUGGGACCCAGAUAACAGUGACUCGAGCCAGGUAGAAGCUGAAUUCUCUAUUGUGCUCAAGUCUCGGCUGGUAUUGAGGUUCUGCUCCAUAAGGCUGAGAGGGGUCCAGGCUCUAAGUUUUUGCUGUGCCACCCACAGGAUGUUUCCCUCAUCCCCACAGUUCAAAGUGCCCCCCAUUAGGUCCCUUCCAGACCGUGAGAAGGAGGAGGAGAAGAAGUCCAUCUCCAGUGAAAAUACUGAACCAGACGAAGUUCGUAUUUGUCAAAUUCUGACAUCUCUUUCUUAUGCCUCUUGCUUUCGUCACUCCAUAGUAUCAGUGGUUUCAGUAUUAUUCAGAUACCAAUAUUCAGAAAUAUCAGUAAUUUCUCUUGUUGCAAUAGAGUUAAUGAUCAUUUUAUACAUGGGCGGAGAAAUUUCCAUACAGUGGGUGGACCAUCAUGCUUUACUCAGCUAUCCCUCCGUGGCUGGUCAUCAGGUCCACGUUCCUUUCCUGCCCACUUUUUCCCCCUGGUGCCUCCUCUCCUACUGCCCAUUCUCACGUUGCUCCAAGCAUUUCCCCUCCCAUACUCCUCAAAUGUUCCAUUUUCCAAAUUUACUUGAGUUUCUACUCCUUCUACCCAAGCUCUUGUUUAUUUGGUGUUGCUGACUUCCACAAGGCAUGGUUGGAAGCUUUCAAAUCCGUCAUGCUCACGAAUCAAUGGCUAGUAGGCCUUUAAUCAGUACAGAGUUAUUCCCAUUGUCAAAGUAAGAUACUUGUUAAUCCAAAUCAAUCUUUGAUUUGCCUCGAGGCAGCAGAAAAAAAUCAAAAGAAAGUUUUCCUGUUAGGGUAGGAAAAUAUUGGGUCAGGGUAGUCACCUUACAAAUAGGCUAGUCCUGCUUGGGAAUCUUUCCUCUAGUGAAGUCCCCCCAGAUCCUACUGGUUUUCACAGUUGAUCCCAUUCCUUCACUCCUGAUCCCAUAGAUCCUGUAUUUGUUUUUUCCCUCCCCCUUCGCCCCGGUGGUUUCCAUGGUGGCCAUAGUUGCCAUGGAGAAGUGGAGAGAAGUGUCAAAGCUGUCUUUUGUAACUGUGGGGUUAUCUACAAAUUGGGGAUGGUCUCUCCUAAAAAAAGAUUACUAAAGUAUGUGAAAAGAAUAAGAGUAAAACAAAUGCAAACCAGGGUUCAAGUCAUUUGUUCUCCUAAACACCUGUGGUUAGCAAAAUCAUUUAACCUUGACUUUCUUUGUACCAUGUCAGUGCAUGGGUGUGUUGCACCUCAGGAAGGGGCUGCUGGAAGAGUCUGGAAGCUAGGACAGGUCUAAGCAGGCAAGGGCUCAGGUCCUGAGGUCCAGGGGGCAGCAAGGAACAGUAUCCGGCCCCAUGCUGGAUAUCGCAGCCCAAAGGAACGCACACUCUAACCGUUUAUACUUUCACCAGAAGUGGGUGAUUAUGGUCAGAUGCUGCAACUGAACCUUGCAAGCGGGGAGGCCAGGAACAGAGGCUGGGCUGAUUUCACUGGAAUGCAGAAGCUGGGAGUACACUUUAAAAGUAAAGAUAUCUUAACUGCUGCCCUGGUUGGUAUCUCAAGACAACUUCAGUGGGAUUGCUGUGAAGUCAAAGCCUCAGCAAUUUGUUGGGAGGGAGACCAUUCUAUCAUGAUCUCAACUUUUUUUUUUUUUUUUGUCAGAGAUAUCCGUCCUACCGUCUGUCCCAUGUCCUUUUUAAGAUAAACACAGCUUUCUUCUUUCUGGCUAGGCUACCCUAAACUCUCUAUACAGGCUUCUUUUUGGCCCCUCAAAAAGAGACCCUCAGAAGUGUGGCUUCAUAAGCCCUGCAGUUCAUUUCCCUGGUGAUGGGGCUACUCUUGUCUCUCCCUCCAAGGCAGUUGAGUUUCCCUGCUUCUCCCUCUCCCUCUCUUCCCCCCCCUCCUCCCCUUCCUCCCUCACAUCCUGCCUCUUCCCUUCUUCCCUCCUCCUCCUU